AUGUACGUACGAGCGCUUCCGACGACGGAUGUGAAUCGGAACACGGAGUGGUUCACGUACCCGGGGGUGUGGACGACUUACAUCCUGAUCCUCUUCUUCUCGUGGCUCCUUGUUCUCUCCGUCUUCCACUGCUCCCCUGGCAUCGCCUGGACCAUCGUCCACCUCGCCCAUUUCACCGUCACAUACCAUUCGUUCCACUGGAAGAAGGGAACACCCUUUGGGGAUGAUCAGGGCGUCUACAACAGGUUGACCUGGUGGGAACAGAUUGACAACGGCAAGCAGCUCACUCGCAACCGCAAGUUUCUCACCCUUGUUCCCGUCGUCCUAUACUUGAUAGCCUCUCACACAACAGACUAUCAGCACCCGAUGCUCUUCCUCAACACACUGGCCGUCUUUGUAAUGGUGGUCGCCAAAUUCCCGCACAUGCACAAAGUCCGCAUUUUUGGAAUCAAUGGAGAUCAAUGA